AUGUCGUCGUCGCCGGAAGUAGGGCACGAAAAGGAGGCGGAGGCACAGGCGACGCCGGAAUCAGGGCACGAGAAGGAGGCGGCGGCGGAGGAUGAGGUCACCAUAACGCCGGUGAAGCCCGAGGCGGGGGCGAAAGGGAACAUCGCCUACAUCCACAUCAAGGUAACGAGCCAGACCGCCCCGGACGUCUUCUUCCGCACCAAGCGCGACGUCUUCCUGCAGCGCAUCAUGGACAUGUACUGCGGCAAGCACUCGCCCAACCGGAAAGCCGUCGUGUUCCUGGACGAGGACGGCAAGAAAAUCAGGGCCUCCCAAACGGCGGAGGAGGCCGGCUUGGAUGACGGACACUCUAUCAGCGUCAAUAUCGCCUAG